CCAGUGUCUAUCACUUCCCACACUGUUCACCUGCGAGAGGGAUCUGAGAAGAGGAAAAUAACUAGGCCUAUUACCAUCCACCACUGAGCCGCAGUAUCUUUAACACAACUUGUACUCCCAAUCUAUUCGUCUGAUUAUUAAAAAUCAAAUAAAAGACAGAUUGAGAUUCUGGGCUGUAACCACCAUCCACCUUUGAAUUAAAAUAAAGAAUAAUACUAUUCUAUCCAUGGGCUGGAGUCUCCUCUUCUCCCUGCUAUUGGCACUGACAAUUGUGCCAGUAGCCUCUACCCAGACAACGGCAAUAAGCUCUACAACAGCUGGAUCCACCGCUAGUACCACAAUGAUCAGCACUACAGCAGCUGGAUCAACCCCUAGCACCCCAAUGAUGAGCUCUAUAGCAAUCGGAUCCACAGUCAGUACCACAAUGGUGAGCUCUAUAGCAACCGGAUCCACCGCAAGUACCCCAAUGAUGAGCUCUACAACAGCUGGAUCCACAGCAAGUACCCCAAUGAUGAGCUCUACAACAGCUGGAUCAACCCCUAGUACCCCGAUGAUGAGCUCUACAGCAGCUGAAUCCACCGCAAGUACCCCAAUGAUGAGCUCUACAACAGCUGGAUCCACCGCAAGUAACCCAAUGAUGAGCUCUACAGCAACCGGAUCAACCCCUAGUACCCCAAUGAUGAGCUCUACAGCAACCGGAUCAACCCCUAGUACCCCGAUGAUGAGCUCUACAACAGCUGGAUCAACCCCUAGUACCCCGAUGAUGAGCUCUACAGCAGCUGGAUCCACCGCAAGUAACCCAAUGAUGAGCUCUAUAGCAACCGGAUCAACCCCUAGUACCCCAAUGAUGAGCUCUACAGCCGCUGGAUCCACCGCAAGUACCCCGAUGAUGAGCUCUACAGCAGCUGGAUCAACCCCUAGUACCCCGAUGAUGAGCUCUACAGCAGCUGAAUCCACCGCAAGUACCCCAAUGAUGAGCUCUACAACAGCUGGAUCAACCCCUAGUACCCCAAUGAUGAGCUCUACAGCAACCGGAUCAACCCCUAGUACCCCGAUGAUGAGCUCUACAACAGCUGGAUCAACCCCUAGUAUCCCGAUGAUGAGCUCUACAGCAGCUGGAUCCACCGCAAGUAACCCAAUGAUGAGCUCUAUAGCAACCGGAUCAACCCCUAGUACCCCAAUGAUGAGCUCUACAGCCGCUGGAUCCACCGCAAGUACCCCGAUGAUGAGCUCUACAGCAGCUGGAUCCACAGUCAGUCCCCCAAGGAUGAGCUCUACAGCAUCAGGAUCAACCCCUCCUAACCCAAUGAUAAGCUCUACAGCAGCUGGAUCAACCCCUAGUACCCCGAUGAUGAGCUCUAUAGCAACCGGAUCCACCGCAAGUACCCAAAUGAUGAGCCCUACAGCAGCUGGAUCCACUGCAAGUACCCCAAUGAAGAGCUCUAUAGAAACCGGAUCCACCACAAGUACCCCGAUGAUGAGCUCUAUAGCAACCGGAUCAACCCCUAGCACCCCGAUGAUGAGCUCUACAGCAACCGGAUCCACCGCAAGUACCCCAAUGAUGAGUGCUACAGCAACAGGAUCAACCCCUAGUACCCUAAUGAUGAGCUCUACAGCCGCUGGAUCCACUGCAAGUACCCCAAUGAUGAGUGCUACAGCAACAGGAUCAACCCCUAGUACCCUAAUGAUGAGCUCUACAGCCGCUGGAUCCACUGCAAGUACCCCAAUGAUGAGCUCUACAUCCGCCGGUGCCACCGUUAGCACCGCGGCAACGCCUGCUGGCACCACGGCUAGCACCAUUGCAACGUCUGCCGUAGCCACCUCUAUGGCAGCAUCUACUAAAACCCCAGUUGAAGCUCUACUGACGGCCAUCUCCAGCGAAGGCUGCACCAAGACCCUGCUUUGUGCCCAAGAGCCGGCGAGCUGCGACCCAUCGGUGACAACAUGUUACUUUGUAUCCGCCGAGCAGACUGAAGGCCUGAACUAUGGGUUCAGCCUCUCUGGAGAGUCGGAAGGCUACAUAGCCGUCGCGUUGUCAACCGACAGCUCUUUAGGAGGAGGGGACAUCACCUAUAUUUGCGCAAACAAUGAAGGGUCCUUCGAAUUCAUCGGUGCUUCGCUUGACAAUGGUGCUUUGAGUAGACAAACUGUGACCGUGAACUCGGUGAAGGGUCUCAUCAACGGAACCACAAUCCAGUGUACGUUUACAGCCACCGUUCCUGAUGCCACAACCAGAGCACUGUCUACGUCUUAUUCUCUAGCCAUUGUCACCGGAACCCUUUCCAGCUCAGGUACACUUGGAGUCCCCGUGGCCAGAGUCCAGACCCCAGUUCUGGACAUAUCAGACGCCAGUUACAGCCCCAGCACCCAAACCACAGUCUCAACUACCGUGAGCACCUCUAGUAAUCUGGCAACGCCUGCCGGAUCCACGGCUAGUACCCCAAUGAUGAGCUCUACAGCAUCAGGAUCAACCCCUAGUACCCCGAUGAUGAGCUCUAUAGCAGCUGGAUCAACCCCUAGUACCCCGAUGAUGAGCUCUAUAGCAACUGGAUCAACCCCUAGUACCCUGAUGAUGAGCUCUAUAGCAACCGGAUCCACAGCAAGUACCCCAAUGAUGAGCUCUAUAGCAACCGGAUCCACAGCAAGUACCCAAAUGAUGAGCUCUACAGCAGCUGGAUCCACAGUCAGUACCCCAAUGAUGAGCCCUACAGCAGCUGGAUCCACUGCAAGUACCCCAAUGAUGAGCUCAAUAGCAACAGGAUCAACCCCUAGCACCCCGAUGAUGAGCUCUAUAGCAACCGGAUCCACCGCAAGUACCCCGAUGAUGAGCGCUAUAGCAACAGGAUCAGCCCCUAGUACCCUAAUGAUGAGCUCUACAGCAGCUGGAUCCACUGCAAGUACCCCAAUGAUGAGCUCUACAGCAGCUGGAUCCACUGCAAGUACCCCAAUGAUGAGCUCUAUAGCAUCAGGAUCAAACCCUAGUACCCCGAUGAUGAGCUCAAUAGCAACCGGAUCCACCGCAAGUACCCCAAUGAUGAGCGCUAUAGCAACCGGAUCAACCCCUAGUACCCCGAUGAUGAGCUCUACAGCAUCAGGAUCAACCCCUAGUACCCCAAUGAUGAGCGCUAUAGCAACCGGAUCAACCCCUAGUACCCCGAUGAUGAGCUCUACAGCAUCAGGAUCAACCCCAAGUACCCCAAUGAUGAGCUCUAUAGCAACCGGAUCCACAGUCAGUACCCCAAUGAUGAGCUCUACAGCAGCUGGAUCUACCGUAAGUACCCCGAUGAUGAGCUCUAUAGCAACCGGAUCCACCGCAAGUACCCCGAUGAUGAGCUCUAUAGCAACAGGAUCAACCCCUAGCACCCCGAUGAUGAGCUCUAUAGCAGCUGGAUCAACCCUUAGUACCCAAAUGAUCAGCUCUAUAGCAACCGGAUCCACAGUCAGUACCCCGAUGAUCAGCUCUAUAGCAACCGGAUCAGCCCCUAGUACCCCAAUGAUCAGCUCUAUAGCAACCGGAUCAGCCCCUAGUACCCCAAUGAUCAGCUCUAUAGCAACCGGAUCAGCCCCUAGUACCCCAAUGAUCAGCUCUAUAGCAACCGGAUCAACCCCUAGUACCCCAAUGAUCAGCUCUACAGCAGCUGGAUCCACAGUCAGUACCCCAAUGAAGAGCUCUACAGCAGCUGGAUCCACUGCAAGUACCCCAAUGAUGAGCUCUACAGCAGCUGGAUCCACUGCAAGUUCCCCAAUGAUGAGCUCUACAUCCACCGGUGCCACCGUUAGCACCGUGGCAACGCCUGCUGAAACCACGGCUAGCACCAUUGCAACGCCUGCCGUAGCCACCUCUACGGCAGCAUCUACUAAAACCCCAGUUGAAGCUCUACUGACGGCCAUCUCCAGCGAAGGCUGCACCAAGACCCUGCUUUGUGCCCAAGAGCCGGUGAGCUGCGACCCAUCGGUGACAACAUGCUACUUUGUAUCCGCCCAGCAGACUGAAGGCCUGAACUAUGGCUUCAGCCUCUCUGGAGAGUCGGAAGGCUACAUAGGCGUCACGUUGUCAACCGACAGCUCUUUAGGAGGAGGGGACAUUACCUAUAUUUGCGCCAACAAUGAAGGGUCCUUCGAAUUCAUCGGUGCUUCGCUGAACAACAGUGCUUUGAUUAGACAAACCGUGACCGUAAACUCGGUGAAGGGUCUCAUCAACGGAACCACAAUCAAGUGUACGUUUAAUGCCACCAUUCCUGAUGCCACAACCAGAGCACUGUCUACGUCCUAUUCUCUAGCUAUUGUCACCGGAACCCUGUCCAGCACAGGUGUACUGGGAAAUCCCGUGGCCAGAGUGCAGACACAAGUGCUGGACUUAUCAAAUGCCAGCUCCAGCACCAGUAUCCUCACCACGGUCGCAACCACCACAGUCACAACCACCACAGUCGCAACCAGUACCGUUGCAAACAGCGGCCGGCCAACUCACCUGGCACUGUCACAAGCUCUACUCAUCAUCCUAGGGACCAUGGGCCUGGCCUUGCUAUAAAGCAACUUUAAGAAGUGACAAAAACAUAAUUGUGAAAAUACAAUCCUUAGCAUCCACAAUUUUUUAUUUGAUGAACUAAACAUUUACAUUUAAUUAAUUAACUACAUAAAAAAAAACUUUUGACUGUUUGUAAAAUACUUCACUUUUUUUCUAUAUUCAGUUCAUUAAUGGAGGAUUUUGUUAAUUAAAGGCCCAUGACGAUGCCUGUCAGUUAGCCUUAAAGAGGGAGCUAUUUAUUUUUCUUAACAAUUAUGUCCUUUUUUUUAACUUGGGUUGAGACAUGACUUUAGUGUAUAUUUCAACACAUCUGAUUGUAUGUUUCAUGUAUUUAUUGUGUUGCUCUCAGACAAACAGGUUAUCGGGCACUGAAACAAUGUUUGUCCUCUCUCUUCGUUGAAUGAUGCCACUGGAUGGCAGAAACGAUACUGCCUCUAGUUGCCUCAUUGUCAAAUUGUAAAAGCAACCUUUUUUAAAUAA